UCACCAUUAUAAACAGGAAGCAGACAACAUCUCUGGUGAACUAUAAACUCCUGCCUUUCUCUUACAUCCGACUCCAGCACCCCCUAGCAGCUGAACGGGGGAGGAAAGAAAGCUGCAACUAAACGACUUGACCUAUCUUUGUAAAAAAUAUAUAUAUAUAUCUAUUUAAGUGGCUCUCUGCAUCGGAAUGAAAUAAAUUCGUCCCUGGUAAAGCAUGAUGCUCACAGCGUCCAUGCGCCUUCUGCCAGCUCGAAUAUGGCGAUCUCCACUCCAGGUCAAGACUCCAGGCUUUUUCCGCCCCACCCCAAGGGCUUUCUCCACGCAGUGCCCGUUGCCUCAGCUGCCCGUGCCUCCGUUGAGGCAUACGCUGGAGCGUUACCUCCUGGCGCUGCAACCCCUGGUCACCCCGGAGGAGCUGGAACAGACGAGGCAAAUGGUGAGGGACUUCAGUAAGCCACGUGGCAUCGGGCCAAAACUGCAGGACAGGCUGGAGAAGCGGUCGAAGAGAACUGAGAACUGGCUCACCGACUGGUGGAUCCAGAGCGCCUACCUGACGUGCCGGCUUCCCCUGGCUGUCCACUCGAACCCUGCCGUGGUUCUGCCCAAACAGGACUACAACGAUUGGAAAGGGCAGCUCAGGUUUGCGGCCAAACUAAUCGCUGGAGUGCUGGACUUCAAGUGUAAGCUCGACAGUCAGUCGCUUGCAACUGAGUACAGUCGGGCGAACCCCCUCUGCAUGGAUCUGUACGCCAAGAUCCUGUCCUCCUGUCGUAUCCCUGGGCCCAAACACGACACCCUGAUCAAUUACGGGUCCACCAGGAGUCCACCGACGCACGUCACCGUAGUCCGCAACUUCCAGUUCUUCCACCUGGAUGUGUACAACAGCGACGGCUCGCCUCUGACUGUGGACCAGAUUCACAUGCAGCUGCAGCGCAUCCGGAAUUUCUCCUGGAAGACGGACAAGGAGCCGUUGGGAGUUCUGACGAGCGAUCACCGCAACACCUGGGGCCAGGCCUACAACACCCUCAUGAAAGACAAGCUGAACAGAGAGUCGGUCAGGGCCAUUCAGCAGAGCAUCUUUACCGUGUGCCUGGACUCGCCCGUCCUGAAAAUCUCGGAGGAGAAGUACACGAGCCGGAUGGCGGCCCAGAUGCUACACGGAGGUGGAAGUUACUCCAACAGCGGCAACCGCUGGUUUGAUAAAGCGCUGCAGUUCAUUGUUGGUGAGGAUGGAUCCUGUGGUGUAAUCUACGAACAAUCUUGUGGUGAGGGGCCGCCCAUUGUUGCCAUUUUGGACCACGUUCUAGAUUAUUGCAAGGACCCGGAUACAGUUCGAGCUCCAAUGAUUCCUCUGCCGUUACCCAAGAAACUGUAUUUCUACAUCACUCCAGAGAUAAAGUGGGAUAUUGAGCAUGCAAAACAGAAUCUGGACAUUUUAGUUAACGACCUGGACAUCAGCUGCUUCACGUACAGAAACUUUGGCAAAGACUUCCCCAAAAAACAUGGCAUAAGCCCGGACUCGUUUGUCCAGAUGGCUCUUCAGUUGGCUUACUUCAGAAUGUACAAGGAGCUGUGUUCUGCUUGCGAGACUGUUUCACUGAGGAACUUUCAUUUGGGGCGCACAGAUGUGGUACGAUCCUCGUCCACGGAUUCCUUGGAGUUUGUGGAAAGCAUGGACAAUGAAAAAAUUGAGGCAAACCAGAAGGUUGCGGCUUUGAGGAGAGCUAUUGACUGCCACAGCGCAUACACCGACAUGGCGCUGAAAGGCUUGGCAAUUGACAGGCACCUGUUGGGACUGAAGCUGCAGGCUAUCGAGGAAGGGCUGAGCGUGCCGGAAAUCUUCAUGGACACAUCCUUCGCUGUGGCCACUCACUGGAGACUCUCGACGGGACAGGUCUCUGCCAGAGCUGACUGUGUGAUGUGCUUCGGCCCGAUGGAGCCAGACGGAUAUGGGGUUUGGUACAACCCUUUGGAGGACCACAUCAAUUUCUCCGUCUCUGCCUUCAACUGCUGUGAGGAGACGAAUGCGGAAUGGUUCUCCAAGUCGCUGGAGACGGCCCUCUCCGACCUGCACAGCUUGGUCUUGGGAGCUACCGGUCAGACCUCUUAGGGGGACCGGUCUGGAAGAGGCCGCCCGCUAUACAAAGGGAGCCAUGAUCCCUUGCUCUGAGAGGUCUCCUUUGCAAUAUGAACUAGUAUGAUAGUCAGGCUGAUGGAUGUUAGUUUCAUAUGAUCCUGCAACUGAACUGAUAGUUGGUGCACACACACACGUGCACACACACACAUGCGCACGCACACACACACAUGCACACACACACACCC